GACAGUCGAAAUGUGAUCAUACUCGGUCGAUAAAAGAAGCAAAGAACAGGUGACGACAUCGUUGUCAUACUCGUGAUUUCAUAACACGCCAUUUUCUUUGUGUGAAGUACUGGUCAAGAGGAAUUUCACCUACUAUUUUCUAUCUAUUUCAAGUUUACAAUGGCUUCUCAUAAGAAAAUAUUGCUUAAAGUCAUUAUUCUUGGGGAUUCUGGAGUUGGUAAAACUUCUCUUAUGAAUCAGUAUGUAAGCAAAAAAUUUAGCAAUCAAUAUAAAGCUACUAUAGGUGCAGAUUUUCUUACCAAAGAAGUAAUGGUAGAUGAUAGGAUAGUUACUAUGCAGAUUUGGGAUACAGCUGGUCAAGAAAGGUUUCAAUCUUUAGGUGUUGCUUUCUACAGAGGUGCUGAUUGUUGUGUACUUGUAUUUGAUGUUUCUGCACCAAGUAGCUUUAAAUCUUUAGACUCUUGGAGAGAUGAAUUUUUGAUUCAAGCUUCUCCUCGAGAUCCAGAUAAUUUUCCAUUUGUAGUACUCGGAAAUAAAGUUGAUUUGGAAACCAAAGUGAUUCAUGGUAAAAAAGCACAACAAUGGUGUCAAUCUAAAAAUAAUAUUCCAUAUUUUGAAACUAGUGCUAAAGAAGCCAUUAAUGUUGAACAAGCUUUCCAAACGAUAGCAAAGAAUGCUUUAGCUCAAGAAAGCGAAGUGGAAUUAUAUAAUGAAUUCCCAGACCAAAUUAAGUUGACGAAUGAUCAACGAAACAAUGGCAAAGGUGAUUCUUGUGCCUGCUAGGUCUUUGAGUGAUGGAAAUUUUGGAUAAGCACAUAGAUGCACAGGUCAGAUCGUACAUUCGCGUACCUGCGCAUUUUAAAAAAUACUAUAUCGAGCUUGAUGUGUUUGGAAGUCCUAAGUAUGCACCUUGGUUUUCUUCAAUUUUUCAUUAAGAUAUUUUUAAAGCAUAUUUAUAGUAUUGGAACUUUUUUUAUUGAAAUUAUGUGAAAUAUUGUGGAAAAAUAUAUAUGUAUAUAAGAAAGUUUAUAAGCAAUGCAUUUUAAACAAUAAAAUUAGAAAAAUUUUGUACCAAGGAGCAUUCAUUGGCUUCAUUACAUGAAAGACUAUAUUGUAUUUUAUAUCGUGUAUUUGUGUUGAUAUUUCACUUAUCCAGCAAUAUUUCAACACAUUAUUUCCAAAAAUUGUAAUGCUCUCUUAUUGGGUAUAGCGAACAGUAUGAGCUGCCCUUUUAAAUUGCAUCUUUACAGCUCAUUGUUGAUGUUCUUCAUUGUGGAAUGAUACUACGAUGUUUAUGAAUCAUAUAGGCAUAAUUUAUAUCGGAAGGAAAAUUUAUGGGUUGGGAACACACUUAGCAUAACAAUUAGAUCAUUAUAAAUUUGCUCAUGAUUCAUUAAAUACAAUCACAUUUAUUGAAAAGUUCUAGAAAUAUUUGUGAAUAUAUUCAUUUGAUUAUUUCUAAAAUCUAAUUUUUAUUGUCAAAUAAAAUGAAAAUUUUAUUAUUAUUCAACAUAAUAUAUUUCAAAUACAUAUAUAAAUAAUUUUAUAAAAUAAUGGAUUUUUAUUGAAAUAUUGUAAUUAUUUAAUUACCUUUGAAUUUCUUCAAUAAUCUAAAUCUUGCUAAUUGUUAUGUUGAUCAAGAUAUUCUUAUCUUCAAAAAAUAACUCAUAUUUUUUGCGUAAAUUUAAAUAAUAUUGAGUUUGUUUAAUAAAAUUAAUGCGUAUUUCCUGAUAUUUCACGAUCAUCUUAAUCUCAAAAGGCUAGUGCGUUUUCAA